GUUUACAUGUUUACUUUUCAAAUUUUGAUCGUUAACGGUUUUGUUGCAGGUUGUGCGUGCAUUUCACCGUUACUAGAAUAGUUUUUGAGAGAGGAUAAUGUGAUUACUUAACAUUUUUGUCCAACGGUUAAUUAAAAAUGGAGCAUUCGUCAGAGGCAAUAAGUAUCCGCGUAGCCCGAAUCAAUUCCGAGAUCGUUGGAAAAAAUUCGCGGCCGAAUAACCCUUUGCUGACCAGAGAAGCCCUACUCGAUGUGCUGACAGCCAUAUUCGAGGAAUGUAGCCUAGAGAGCCUGAGAAAAUAUGAUAAGAACAUUGCACAGUUUGUUGAAAAGUAUAGAGACCACAUAAAAGAAAUCAAACAGCUUCGUGUAAACUUGUCCGACUUCGAAAUAAAAAACGUUAUAGGCAGAGGGCACUACGGGGAAGUUCAUUUGGUGAAAGAAAGACAAACAGGCGAUGUAUAUGCAAUGAAAGCUAUGCGAAAGUUUGAAAAUGAUAUGGUACACAUUUCAUUUGAAGAAGAAAGGGAUAUUAUGGUGUGUGCAAAUUCACCUUGGCUUACAUCGCUUCAGUAUUCAUUCCAAGAUAGUUCAUACUUGUAUUAUAUUAUGGAGUAUCAUCCUGGUGGAGAUUUAUUGGGGCUCCUUUAUAGACAAGGAGGGACUUUACCAGAGAGUGCAGCUACAUUUUAUCUAUCAGAAGUGGUUUCAGCCCUUGAAGACCUCCACAAAAUGGGGUUUGCACACAGAGAUGUAAAGCCAGACAACAUUCUCUUAGAUCGUUGUGGUCACUUGAAACUGGCUGAUUUUGGAUCAGCAGCCAAAUUGGACAAGAACGGUCUCAUUACUACUGGACCUCCUGUUGGUACACCAGACUAUGUUGCUCCUGAGCUGCUGCAGUGUCUGGAUAAUAAGAACCAAAAUAGUAGAGGCUAUGGGGUAUCUUGUGACUUUUGGUCACUGGGCAUUUUAGCCUAUGAACUGGUAAUUGGAAAUACACCAUUUACAGGCCAAACUUCCAGCUCUAUUUAUUCAAAAAUAAUGAACCACACCAACGUCCUGAAAUUUCCACCUGAUGUUACCCUUUCACAAGCUUAUGUAAGUUUUGUAAAAUCUCUGCUUGUGGACGAGAAAACACGGCUGCAAUCUGGCGGAAUAAAGCAGCACGAUGUUUUCAAAAACGUUAAUUUUGAGACCUUAAGGGACCAAGUUCCACCAUUUGUCCCUAAGAUUACAUCAUUGGAAGAUACUAGCAAUUUUAGCGAUGUACAGUCUCGUCAAAAUAAUCCCAGUAUUGAAAAUUUCAAAAAACGGACGCAGUUUUCUGGGAGAAAUUUGCCGUUUGUCGGAUUUACUUUCACACAUGAUCCAAGCUGCUUUGAGACCAAUUACUUUCGUAAAGUGAUUACUAAAGACGAGGUGAUCGAAGGUCUUAAAAGCGAGAUCGCAAGUUUGAGGAAAAAGGCUGUAAAAAGCGAUGAGUUUGAUCAAGAAAAGUAUAGUCUAGAGAAGAAGUUGGAAGAAAAGACACGAAAAUUGGAGAUCGUCGAAGAAAGGAGGAAUACUUUGGAGAAAGAGUUGGCUACUCAGAUCGCAGAGUGCGCGGCGUUGAAACGUACUCUAGAACUAGAACGCAAAGAACGCUCAGAGCUAGAAAAGAAAGCACUGGACUUGAUAAAAUCAGCUAAGCAAAAAUGGGAAACUGCCGAGAAGCAAAAGUCCGAGGCUUUUUCCUUGGAGUUGGAACAGCAAAAGGAAAAAAUCAACCAACUUAUAACUACAAACAAUAUAUUAAAUGAGCAGCUUCAGCAUGCUUUGAAGAUGGAAAGUAAACAUAAAGAAUCCCUAGAAAAAGUGCAUAAUAUGAACAGAAGAAGCGUUGUUGGAUUGGAAUCUAGACUGGAAAGAAUUACCACCGAUUCUCAGGGUGCUAUAACCGAGCUACAGAGAAAAUUGUCUGAUGAAAUUCAUCAAAAGAAAAUUCUUGAAAAUAAUUUGUCUAAAAUGAAAGAAAAAGAAAACAAUCUACUGGAUAAGGUUAAUCAACAAGGCAAGGAUUUCAAUAAAUGGCAGAAGAAGAUAUUUGAGGCCGAGACUGAAGUACAAAAGUUGAAUGAAGAAAUUAGCGUUUUACAAAGAAAAGUUGAAAAAAUCCCAGGGUUCAAGCAACAAAUUGAAAAACUUCAAGAAGUUAUUGAUAAUCACCAGAAGACUGUUAAGGAGCUUGAAAAUAAGAACAAAAUGCUGCAAAAUGAGAACAGAACUAUGGGAGAGUACAAGAAAGAAAUGGAGGACCUGAAAAAAAUUAUAACUAAAUUGGAGAACAGUAAAAAAGUUGCUGAGUUGGAGAGCCAACUUUUAGAAGAGAGGGAAAAAUGUUUGGAAUUGAGGCAACAACUUCAAGAAUGGGAAAGUUUGAAAAGCGAAAAUGAGGAGUUGAAGUCAUUAAGAACGAAAUAUUGGAAAAUGGAAAAAGAAUUUGGUAAUGCUAAAAUUGACAAAAGGAUAUUGGAAAGGGAAUUGAAAGAGGCACAGGCUGAAAUAAAACAGUUGAACGAGAAGCUUGAGAAUCUUGAUAAGGUAUUGUCUGAAUCGAAAAAAAUGCACGAGCUAGCGAUGUUGGAACUAAGUAAUAUAAAUGAAAAUAUUUCACAAGAACUCAUUAAGGCCAGAGGUAACUGCAAGAACUUGGAAGAUAAGCUCGAGAACGAAAAGGAUAAGAACUUAAACGACAAAACGUGCAUCCAGGAGUUGAAAGAUAUUCUAAGGAGCAAGGAUCAAGAGAUAGCUCAUUUGAAAAAUGAAUCUGAUGAGUAUUAUAAAGAAAAAUCCUUGGUUGAACGAAGAUGUAAAAUGUACGAAGAAGAAAAAUCGAAAUUGAUGGGACAGAUAGAGAGGUUGCAUAGAGAGAAAGCGGAAGUUUUUGAUAAUUUAAACGAGUCCAAGAGAGAAUAUGAUAAUUUGAAAUUGAAUUUCGAGGCUCUAAAGGAGGCAUGCACACUUUUAGAACACCAAGUGAUUGAAUAUGAGAGAUUGAUUGCAACCCAUGAAGCUAAGCAGUCAGUGCUCAACUGCAAUACUGAUAAACUAGUUCAGGAUAUUUGCAAAGCGAAGGAGGAUAUCCAAGAAGCAAAGAAAUUGGCGAAUGAAGAAAAAUCAUUAAGGAUUUUGGCCGAGACCAAGAUCAAGCGACUCAACGAAGAUAUAGAAUGUCUUCAAAAAGAAGCCGAAGAUUACAAGCAGAAAUGCAUGGAGUACAAACAGUAUUCAACAAACUUAUCAGACGACCUAACAUUGGCCGAAGAGAAAAUUGCCGAGUUAGAGGUUGCAGUAAAUGUAUUCCAAAGACAAGUUGAGGAUUAUCAAAGCGAGAGUAGAGCUCUGAAGGAGGAGCUGUCAGAGUACAUUACACAGAUCAGUUUAUUGAAAGAUUCGAAUUAUAAAUACAAACAUCAAGUCAGCGAGUUGAGAGACAAAAAAAUUAUGCUUGCGGAAAAAUUGAACGAGUUAGAAAGGAUUUUGGACGAGAAGAGCCAUUAUUAUAAACAGAGAGAAAUGAAAAACGACGCUACUAUUAAGCAGCAUGUGAAGUUGAUCGAUUAUUUGCAGACCAAGAUUGAUGAGCUGAGCAACAAAAAACGCACCAUCACAGAGGUGCUAUUUGGCAGCUCGAAGAAAGAAAAUCAACCGCCAAUGGCACUACCUCUCCACUACAAGGAUCUAGAACUAGAACUUCUCAAAGAAAAACAGUUAAAUAAACAGCUUCAAGAAGAGGUUUACAAAUUGAAAGCUGCAACGAUUGCCGAUGAGGUUAAAAACGUGGCCGAUAAAAUGAAAGUCGAUAGGCACAAAUCAGAGAUAAUGUCACCCAAAAGUAAAUUAGUUCUGCAGCAGAUUGUAAAUUCACCAAGUAAACAGAAGGAUAUGUACAGGCAGAAUUCCGUGCAGAGGAUGCAUCAUAAUAUCCCUCAUAGGUACGAAUCGAAAAUCUGCACAAAAUCAUCCACAAAAUGUGCUGGCUGCUCCGAAACCAUCUCUUUAGGACGUUCUGUGAUGAUCUGUUCCGAAUGCCAAGUCCAAUGUCAUUCUUAUUGCUCGAAAAAAGUGCCAAAUACAUGUGGGCUGCCACAAAUGUUUGCAAAACAUUAUAGGGAUAGUUUAGAAAAAAAGAAAAAAGAAAAUGUGAUUGCUACGUCUGUUGGAGAUGAUAAGAUCCAUGUUAAGGGGUGGAUAAAAGUUGCUAGCAGGCCAAAUGGCUGGGAAAAGCGUUUCGCAGUUCUAACAGACCACCAGAUAAGCAUAUACACUGGGGCUCCAGAAGAAAAUGGCCAGCUUCUAGAAACCUUUGAAUUAAAGCCCAAAGAUACGCAUGGUAAAGUGAUCUCGGAGCCGUUGUCUUCAGAAAUAGCGGCGCCCUUAGCCAAUACAGACUUGCCUUUUGUUCUUAAAGUUGAAGUGUCGCCAAAUACAACGUGUUGGCCUCCAAAGUGCUUGGUGUUCCUCACUCUUUCAGCUCAGGAUAAAGACAAGUGGUUUUCAGCUUUACAAAAAAUUUACUACGACGAUUUAGAGAAACCUCGUCUUGACACAAUCCUUCAGCUGCCGGAAAAUAUCUCAGCUAACUGCCUUAUCGAUCUCACUCCUAAUAUAAAAGUCUUAGGAACAGAGCAAGGCAUGUACUCUUACUAUGAGGGCAACCUUUUGAAAAUCGAAGGCUUGGACGAGUUGCAUCAGAUUUCCCUCAUGUUAAGCACGGGAAAUGCUAUAAUGAUCGUGAAUAAAAAGAGAACUUUAGCUUUUUGUGAUAUCAAUCAUCUGAUCAACUUGACUCAAUGUGCUCAAUGUACUAAACCCACGCUUAAGUACAUUGACGUGAACGUGAGGAACUUGAACGGUUUCCACACUAUGCAAGUAUCCCAGCACUCGAAACAUCACAAGAUCUGUGUGGCAACCACAAAGCAGUUGAUCAUCCUGGAGCACGAAGCGGACUCGAAUCAGUUCCAGGUGAUAAGAAUAUUGGACACUGCCCAGCCUACGACAUGCGCGUUGUUCACCGAAAAUUCGCUCAUAGUUGGGGCGAACAAGUUCUUUGAGAUCGAUUUGCAAUCGUACGACGCAGAGGAAUUUUUGGACAUUUCCGAUGUGCGGUUGAAGCAGGUUGAAAAAUGCUAUAAGAUGCGUUCUUUUCCCGUCGCCAUUUUGGAAAUAAACAAAAAUCCGAAAGAGUACCUACUUUGCUUUAACGAGUUCUCGGUGUUUGCUGAUGAAUACGGAAGAUCUAGUAGACAAGCUGAAAUAAAGUCCACGCAUGUACCUGUAGCCUUACAUUUUAGCAAACCUUAUCUAUACACGGUACAAUUCGCGGCCGUGGAAAUACUUAAAAUUACCGAUGAGACCUGCAACAGUACUUCGAAUGAGCAGUCUACGGAUAUCACCAGGUUGCCUUUAGAAAAGUUUAGGAAUAUUGGAUAUAACAAACAUGGUCUGUACAUAGUACAAGCUGCAGAAGUCAAAUUCCUAGACGCUAAAAAAAUUGUUGACGCAGAUAUCAGUUCAACGAUGAGUGAAUCUGGUGAAUCAGACGGGUUUAGUUUCACCAGUUCUAUGUUGCAAAGCUUAGAUGGAAAUCUGAGUGAUAUCGAUAGCUUAGAUGAUAGAAACAGAAAAGUUACCUUCUCACAGACAGAUUUGUAAACCUUUAAUUGUUGCUUCAAGUGCCAUGCUUAUGGCUUAAGGAAGGAAAUUCGGAAAUAGAAACGAUUCUUAAUUAAGGACCAGUGGUUUUAAUUUCAAUGUAUUAAAUUGCGUCAUUGAUGUGGAGAUAUGAUAUACAGGGUGUUUCUUAAUAAUGUGAUAAUAGUUUAUUUCACUAAAGGGCGAAUCCGUUUUUUAUCUCGUUUUACCACAGUAGCUGCGAAAGCAAUUUACACAAUUUUGCUGUUUACUGUUUCCCGGACUUCCAUUGUCUAUAAGGUGUUUUGAUUCACGACGUUUCGAUUGAUGUUAUUUUUAUUCGUCAUCAGGUGAACUGGCGAACAUGCUUCUUUCUCGACUAUUUACAGUUUGGUGACGUGUCCUAUGUUCCGGUUGGCUGAGUUGCAGUUGUUUGUUACAAUGGGUUGCCAUACUGGUUUUAUUUCCACACUUAAAUUACUGUAAAUACGUUCAUUCAUAAUGAAGAAUGACGCUUCUUUGAACUUUCUCUGAUGCCAGUGUGUUUCUUUGCGUAAGAUCUUAGCGUGACCCCAAAGUAUUCUAUUUGUCCAAGCGUGAUCUGCCAUCCCAUGUUGGAAAUAGAAGCACCACCGAGUACUGUGGGAUGAUGCUAUCUUACCCAAAGAAAUACACUGUCAUCGGAGAAAAUUUGGUCUCCAUAAUUAUCAAUGAAAAUGUUUACAGUAAUUAAAUAAAUAAAUAAAUAAAAACGCCUUUAUUUUAAACUCGGCGAAGCCCAGCUAUGCUGUUAACUUAACCGAGCAUGUAAAAAUUAACAACAAGCCAAAAAGAAAAGUAAUAUGACAAGAAACAAGUUUUACAUUACAUUAAUUUUAGAAUAUUACAUAACAACAAUGAACAAUAAUAACUACAGAUGUACGUAUACAAAGAAAAUAAGCAAUAAUAAACAACUUAUACUCCACAGAAGCAGUUGUUUCAGUUUUCGUUUGAACAUAUUAGGAGACAUAUCUUCAAAUUGACCUAUAUUGUAUUGGUUUAGAAAUUUGAGUGAUGUAUAGGAAAAUGAGCUUUGAGUCAUGGUUUUAGUUAUUUUAGGUAUUUCAUAAAGUACAUUAAAGUGUGUUGCACGAGAGUGAAUCAGAUUUCUACGAGUUAAUUUUUCAAACAGAUAUGGAGGGCUUUUAGUUUUAAUCAAUUUAUGAAGAAAGCAAGCAAAAUGCAGCUUUUCUCGAUUGGAAACAUUCAACCAUUUCAGUUCGGAAAGUUUAUGACUGACAUGAUCGUGACGUCUAAGCUGGUAAAUAAGUCGUAUGCAAGAAUUCUGCACUUUUUGGAGUUUAUCCUUAGUAAAUACAUCUAAGCAAGGACCAUACACAAAGUUGCAAUAGUUAAGGUGAUACAAGACCAGUGCUUCGCAGAGAACCUUUUUUAACUUAAAACUAAGAAUAUCUUUACUUUUGUAAAUAUUGCGAAGGGUAAAAUAGGCUUUUUGUAGAAGCCUAGACACAUGACUUCGGAAUCUAAGCUUGUUAUCAAAGAUAACGCCCAAAGUUUUAUAUUCCUCAACAACCGGUAUUGCCACACCAUCCAUUGCUACCACCAAGUUUACAGACGCCCAAUCUUUAGCUGGCCCAAAGUAGAUUAUGGCUGAUUUAUUAUUUCAAGCCAUGAUUAAAAGAGUAUUUAAAAACUGAAUCCAAACACUCGUUUAGCCUCCUAGCCGCUUCAAUUGCGUCCGACUUAACAAAAGAAAGCUGAAUCUGUGUAUCGUCAGCGUAUCUAUGAUUGUUUAUGUCACCAAAGCACUUCGACAUAUCAGCAGUAAAAAUGUUAAAAAAUAAAGGACCCAAAAGUGAUCCCUGAGGAACUCCUCUAUCCACGUUCAAGGGUUUUGAUUUAAGCCCAUCAAUUGAGACUGAGUAAUUGAUUGUAAGAAACUUCAAACAAUUCCAACUCAAUCAACUGCCACAUAGGCAACCAACCAAAGACCACGUCAUCGAACUGUGUAAAUAGCCAAGAAAGGAGAAUGUUUGCCAGUUCAUCUUAUGACGAUUGAAGAUCAAAUCAAUCCAAUCUCAUGAAUAAAAAAACACCAUCUCAACACAUAUUUUUACUCUGAAUGUAGAAAAAGUGCUCUUACAUGUCACUAUGUGUAUAUUUUUUAAAUAAAAAUCGUCUCUUGUGUUUUUGUUGUCAGAUACGCUGCUCCUUUUUACAAUGGGUAACUAGCCAUGUCGACAACUUUUAAGCAAUUGAAAAUGCAGACUUGUUUGGUAUCAAAUUUAGUCUUACAAUGACCAGAAGAGUAAAACCUUGAAAUAUUAGCAUAGCAUUAAAAAACACCAUGUAAAUAAUAUUCUGCAAAAAUGGAUUAAAGGAGGAGGAGGAUAUUACAUUUUUUUUUAAAAUUCAUGAACUGUAAAAUGUGUACUAGGCGACAAACGAUCUGGCGAUCUGUUAUUACAUUAAAUUAUAUUUGUAUUUCCAGUGUAUCUCAAACAUUUGUAUCAAUGUGGAUGGCUGUACUUAAUUUAUAAAACUUGCCUAGAUGUAAGACUGGCUUUAUGAUUUGUAUACGGAUUUUGUUAUAUCAGUUUUAAAGAAUAAAAUAUGAC